AUGACUUCUAUGGAAAGUUGUGAAAAUCUUACUUCAAGAUCGUUAAAGUCUUUCACAUUCUGCCCCGUCCCUGAUUAUCCUAUAAAAGGCGAGCAAGGUGUUUCCGAUGGUUCUUUGACUCAGCUAAGACAAGUGAGUUAUGAAAGUAGAGUCUCACUUGAUCGCGUUGUCAAUAUUCGAGCCAAUCCACUAGCUUCGUUUUUAAACAAAGAAGACUUUUUUUCAAUUCAUUCAAUUAAAGAACGAAGCCAUUCACCAAAUUCUUUGGGCAUGGAAGGUCCCCACGGCGAUUUAGACUCUGAUCUCGAUAACAGGACUAAGAUGUGUUAUCUUCUUAAGAAGUCUCCCACUUCGGUGUUUCUUGGAGAGCAAUCAUAUUCGGCAAAUCCUCCCGUAGCUCCCAAUGCUAUCUCAAAACUUUCGCUGAGCGACGCCCAGAGUGAGUCUUGCACUUUUAGCCCUGAGCUGCUUCCUAUUCAUAAAGCUCCCAUGAGUAGCUGCUCAAAUCCUGUUCCAAUAUCAUCAAUUGAUGUUACUCUCCCUGCUACUUCUGCAGCAGAUUUUGACUCUCUCAAAGAAGACCAUAAAAGGAGCAUUGAUGAAACAAACUCCAGAUCUAACUCUAAUGGCUCUCCUUUGAGCCCUUUCCUUGUUUCUGGAAAAAGUGUCAAUUUUACUAAUGCUCAUGCUAGCAUACAUUCGGUUGCUUCCAGUCUAAACACAGAGUCAUCCCAUUCAUUGCGACAAAAUUACACAGAAAUGAAUUCGUCUACGGAGAGCGACGAAUUUGAACGUUUUUUGAGUUCACAGAAGAAAAAAAAUGUCUCUCGUCUCUCUCUCUCUUUAUCUUCAUCCUUUAUUGUGUCUACUAACUCUUCUUCAAGCAAUGAAUUAUCGAGUAGUUUUCCCAUCUACAAUCGUGUUGAUAAUAAAAGGUAA